AUGGCACCGGUAUCCCAUCUUCCUCUCUUUGGUGGAGCUCGAGCCUGGUCUCAAAACGACUGGACCGCCUCCGAUGACCGUGUCCGCGGCGGCUCCUCUCAAUCCGAACUGACCGGCUCUGCAUCCUCAUUGAUCGCCAAGUUCCACGGAACCCUUGAUAUCAAGACCCUUGGUGGAGCCGGAUUCGCAUCGCAACGCACUCGAGGCGAAGACCGAACAUGGAAUCUCUCCGCGUACGACGGAAUCGAAUUGGUUAUCGACAGCGCAGAUGGCAAGCUCUACACGCUUACGUUGAAGGAUGAGAUUCUCCCCAAGCGCCCGGAUGGCCGGGAGCAAAGCACCAUAAGCUGGGAAUUUGAUUUCCGGGCGGAGGGGCGUCGGACGAUCUGUAUCAAGUGGAGCGAUUUUAGGCCGACGUAUCGUGGGAAGGAUAAGUAUGAUGCCGAGCCGUUGGAUUUGAAGAAUAUCAAGAGAUUCGGAAUUAUGAUUAGGAGUUUCUUUGGAGAGCAGGAAGGCGCGUUCUCGCUGAAUCUCGUAUCUAUUGCGGCGCUUCGGACGGAAAGAUACCUCGAUGAACCGGAUGACGAGUACAUUGAUGAAUUUCUGUAUGAGAAGUCGGCUGCUGAGGCCAAUUCUUCAGCGCAGAUCAGUAGACGUGGAGGGUGGCUGAGCUGGUUGACUUCGUGCCUUCUCUAA